CUUGACCCAGUUGCAUCCUGGGAAAAUUCAAUAUGGCGGAUGAACGUCGAAUCACAAGGACUUAAUGUGAAACUCAAGUUGCGGACUGGUUUUCUUACGUAGACGGGAUUUAACGAGCUCACAAGACAUUUUACCUCCUCCACGACUAAAAGCACCCAUGUUUGAAGAGUGUCCUAACCCGGUGUUUUAGGGGUAGAUCAUGUACCCGGCUACGUGCUGUUGUUGCAAUCUUCUAACAUCUGUGGCGCAAUCCUAAAUCAUUCUUCGUCUGUGAGAAUGCCGAAUGAGCAUAAAGGCAUAAUUAUUACGGAUGACGAUGGCGAGCAAUUGGUUUGUUAUGGGUAUUCUACAAACACCUUCAAGUUGCUUUUGUUUUACAUGCUGGUUCUAUGUUCUGGUGGGUUCUUAAUUCUCAUCUGCUACUGGAAGCCAGAGUGGAAGUUAAAGCUUAUCUGCACACAAUGCCACUGUUGUAGAGCUGACUAUGUCUUGCUCAAGUCAUCUUACAAUUUCUGGAGUGUAGAAGAUGUUGUUCACGAGAAGAUACCAAAAAAUGGCACAAGUAUGGCCUAUGAAAGUAAUGACUGUAUCAUUGAUGUUACAAGUAACGAAAAACAGAAUCUUUUGAGUAAUCAAAAUGGAAGACAACCAUAUUCUGUUAUGGUUUAUUUUAUUUACCGCCACUUGAAAUAUGUAUGGAACUUUAGCAAUGGCAAGUUUGAAAUUCUGAGAGGCCUUGAUGAAAAUACAACAGUCAGUGGCAUAUUUGAACACGCCCCUGGGCUGCAAUCAGAGGAGGCAAUUAACAGAUUGUCCAUUUAUGGAUCAAAUAUUAUUGAUGUCAAGGUCAAGUCUUACGGGAGGCUAUUUCUUGAGGAGGCUUUGGACCCCUUCUACAUAUUUCAAGUGGCCAGUGUCUGCCUUUGGCUGAAUGAUAAUUACUACUACUAUGCAGUCGCUAUCUCGAUUAUUUCCAUUGGAUCGAUUUGCAUCAGUGUUCAUCAAACAAAGAAGCAUUUAAUGUCCUUACGAAACAUGGUAGCUCAAACAGACAUUGUUACUAUAUUGAGAAACAAUGGGGUCACUGAAGAAAUCCAGUCAACAGACCUCGUCCCUGGUGACGUCAUAGUGAUCCCUGCCCAGGGAGCCACAAUGCACUGCGACGCUGCUCUUAUCAGUGGCAAUUGUAUUGUCAAUGAAAGCAUGCUCACAGGUGAAAGCGUUCCUGUUACCAAGACUCCUCUACCGAGCCAUACUUCAUCCAAGAACCCCGAUGAAUCACACGAGUUUAAGGACGAGAUCUACAGCCUUGUAGGGCACAAGAGACAUACUCUAUUCAACGGCACCAAAGUCAUCCAGACCAGAUAUUACGGCCAUGCUAAAGUGCUGGCAGUGGUGAUAUGCACAGGAUUUUCGACCACUAAAGGCGGCCUGAUUCGCUCGAUUCUUAACCCCCGCCCUGUUGGCUUCAAGUUCUUCAGGGACUCGAUGCGGUUCAUUGGUUUCCUAGGUAUUUUAGCUUGCACGGGCUUCUCUUACAGUGUCUAUGUAUUUAUCAAACAAGGGGCAACAGUCGGUAAUAUAAUAAAGAAAGCUCUGGAUGUGAUCACAAUCGCGGUGCCUCCAGCUCUGCCGGCGGCCAUGUCUGUUGGCACAGUGUACGCGGUCCAGAGACUCAAAAAGCAGCAGAUCUACUGUAUCAAUCCCUCUAGAAUCAACAUGUGUGGGAAGCUGAAGUUGUUCUGCUUUGAUAAGACUGGAACUCUCACGGAGGAUGGCUUGGAUUUGCUUGGGGUUGUUCCUAUCGAUAAGGGGCGGUUCAGUUUUAUGGUGGCAGAUGCCACCGCCCUCCCAAAAUGCCCUCUCCUGGCUGCCCUGGCAACAUGUCAUUCCUUGACAGUGAUUGACGGCGAAAUCACUGGAGAUCCCCUCGAUCUGAAGAUGUUUGAGGCUACUGAUUGGAUACUCAACGAGCCUGGCGAGGAUACGACAAAGUUCGACACUAUCAUUCCUACGACUGUAAAACCGCGACGGAUCGACGAGUAUCGGGAGGAAUUCACCGUGGAGGAUGCGCUCGAGGGCAAGACGCCGUAUGAGAUCGCCAUCGUGCGUCAGUUCCCGUUCUCGUCUGAUGUGCAGCGCAUGAGUGUCAUCACGCGCACUCUUGGCGCCAAUCACAUGGACGUGUACGCUAAAGGCGCGCCGGAGACCAUCGCUGCCCUCUGCAGGCCGGAAUCAGUGCCGCUGAAUUUCCAAGAGGAAUUGAACAUUUACACAAAACAGGGGUUCCGCGUGCUAGGUUUGGCGUGGAGGCCCAUGAAGAAGAAGUUCUCUUGGGUCCAGGCUCAAAGAGUAAAACGUGACGUCAUCGAGUCAGACCUGACUUUUGUCGGCCUUCUGAUCAUGCAGAACGCCCUGAAGGAGGAGUCCACACCCGUGAUCCACAGGUUGCAGGAGGCAAGCAUCCGUACCGUGAUGGUUACUGGCGACAACAUGCUGACUGCGGUCAGCGUCGCCAGAGAGUGCGGCAUGGUCGGUAAACAGGACAAGGUGAUACUGGUGGACGCCAAGCUGUCCGAUGACCUUGCAAACAUGCAGCUCAACCUGGAAGUGAUGGGAGAGGUCCACACAGAUUCACCCACCGCAUCUAUAGAGUUACCAAGCCACCGUUCCCGUCGGCGGUACCACAUGGCGACUUCUGGGAAGACCUUCGCAAGGAUACGAGAAAACGACCCGGAUCUGCUUAAAAAGCUGCUAGUGUGUGGCACUGUGUUCGCAAGGAUGUCACCAGAGCAGAAGACGCAUCUCGUGGAGGAGCUCCAAGGGAUCGGGUAUUGCGUCGGGAUGUGCGGCGACGGUGCUAACGACUGUGGGGCGUUGAAGACCGCUCACGCUGGGAUCUCUUUAUCAGAAGCCGAGGCAUCGGUUGCUUCACCUUUCACAUCAAAAAUUCCUAACAUUGAAUGCGUUCCUAAAGUGAUCAAGGAAGGCCGUUGUGCUCUUGUCACUUCGUUUGCCUGUUUUAAAUACAUGGCUAUGUACAGUAUCGUCCAGUUUGUGUCUGUACUGAUUCUCUACUCGAUCCACUCCAAUCUUGCGGAUUUUCAGUUUUUAUACAUUGAUCUCGUUGUGAUAACAAGUCUGGCUCUUGUCAUGGGUAACCAACACCCGUUCCCUUACCUCGUGUCCCAGCGCCCUGGGGGCAGCCUGGUGGCUCCCAUCGUCCUCUUCUCCCUUCUCAGCCAGAUCGUUACCCAGAUCGCCUUUCAGGUUGUGGGAUUCCUGUGGGUUCGACAGCAGUCCUGGUUCGUCCCAGUUAACGUGACUUCCGUGAAAAACACAAAGGAUCAAGUACAGUACGCGUGUCACGAGAACUCCGUUCUCUUUGCUAUAUCUUCCUUCCAGUACAUCUUAUUGGCUGUGGCCUUCUCACGCGGCAAACCUUACAGACUGCCCAUAUAUAGAAACCUGUCGUUCAUGCUGGUUCUAGUAGUGCUCACGGCUUUCACGCUUUUCCUGGUUAUCUACGGUCACGAAAAUAAGCUGCACACAUUCUUCAAGUUGAAGAUUCUGCCGGAUUUCUAUUUCCGAUUAUAUCUCGUCGCACUUGCUGUCGGGAAUCUUAUUAUUUCCCUGUUAAUCGAGGAUUGCCUGGUGCCGUCCCGAUCUCUCGGAUUUCUGCUCAAUAAACUUAGACGUAAGCACCAACCUAAAAACCGAUACAAAAUACUGCAACAAGAAAUAGAUGGCGAUGCGUACUGGCCUCCAGUAAGCCUGCCCAGCUAGCGUCCUCAACGCAUAUAUAGAAACAUAUGUAUAUUGGGGAUAACAGGCAUAUAUUUAACAUUUCCAUUUCCAUCCUCGAUCCUUCGACUCUCUGUAGAUAUUUUUAAAGCCACUAUCCGCUGAGAUGAGAAUGGUAUAUUUGUUUUAGUAUAUACAACGAGCUUUAGAGCAAUUUUCUUUUGAAACCACUUGUAAAUCGACUAUUACACCAACCAUUUUGCUUGAUCUCGGGGCACAUGAAAAUAUCCAUCUCCUAGAAGGUGUAUAUUGCAUUUUAUCCCGAGUUUGUCAACCAAUGAAAUCGCUUGUUCUUGCGAGGUUCCCAAGUUUUAUAUACUAUAUGUAUUGGGAAUAACGAUGUGCGCGCUUGGAAAUUGCUUAUAACUACAGUGGCUGAUAUGUUGGUGCUGGACCCACCACCCCACCCCCCCCCCCCCCCCCCCCCCCCGGGUCGGUGCGUACUACAAUUUCCAGACGUUUUACUGAAAUAUAUUGCAAACGUAAGGUUGGUAGUAUAUCUUCCACUUGAGGUGUGCUUUGAUUGGUUACUUCCACUUGAGGUGCGCUUUGAUUGGUUACUUCCACUCGAGGUGUGCUUUGAUUGGUUACUAAAAGAAAAGCGGAGCUAUAAGAAGCUUAUUAUGGCGGUCGUCCAGGUAGAGGGCGAAAAAACGUUAAUGCCCCACGCAUUUUUCCUUCCCCUCCCCCUGCGGAGCGCAUUAUCCAAGAUGGUGGCCGUGGUAUGCAAAGUCCGUGUUUUCGGGGUUUUUCGUGCCAGAAAAACUAUCAAAGCCUACGAGUAGGCUACGUUAACCAUGGUAGGGAUGAAUAAACAAAUUUUCCGCUACCGUGUUUUUGAUAAGCGCGCGGAAGAUUGUCCCUUUUUACGAAAAAAACAAAUGUAUGCCGAUUUAUUAACAUUGUCUCAGUAUGACUUUAUUAUUAUUAUGGAUUUUAAAUAAAUAUUUAAAAAGUUAAA